UUCCAAAGUUUCCAGCUAGUCUUUUUGUAAUCUGUUACAAUUCUCCCAUGUCGUUCCUGUUUGCUGCUUCUUGAGCUUUAGCAGCUUGUUUUUCUGUGUAUUUUCGUUUGGGUUUUUUUCUUGCCUUUCUUUUGACUUUUUGGUCCUGUUCUCUGUAUUUUUCCGGUGCCUCCAAUUUAUCAUUUGCAUCGGCCUGUAGCAUCUUUAGUUUUGCUUCAUUUCUUUCUCUUAUCGCUUCCAAUGUUUCUUCUUGAAUCCACUCCAGAUGGUUUUGAUCCAUAUCUAAGAACUUCUUCCGCGGUGGUGACAUGUCUGCUUCUUUUAUGGUUCUCCACAGAUCUUCACAUGCAUCAUCACUAUCUUUAUAUACUGAUAGUAUACUUUCAUAUUUGUUCGAAAGUUUUAUUAUAAAUUCUGUAGCCUCGUCUAUUUUUUCAGUUUAGUCGAAUCAAAGUCUUUUUUGGUGACUGUCUUCACUUGUCUUUUUAGUUUGAGUUUGAUUGUUGCAAUGCUGAGGAAAUGGUCCUUUACUUCUUUUGUUAUUUGGGCUAAUUUGGUUGACUGGUUUUAAAGUUUCAGAGGCCUAUCUUGAGAUGUUUAUUUGUUUUCAGAAGGGAACUCCUCGGGCUGAUGCAGUCUGAUAGAGAGCACAAAACACGGAUUUUGUUGUUAAGCUGAAAUGCUGUGUAGGUUCGACGCUGUUGCGAAUUCGAAAAGAAGCGCGUCACGGUGUUCGAUUCCAGAACUCACGUCAAAGAAAACUUAUGAACCAAAUCGAAAUUACACACUAAUUCAAACACUCUGUGUCACAGAUGCACAAGUCAAGGUUGAUUUGUCUGCUUGUCGUCUGUUUGGCACGUUCUGUCAAUGGGGACUUCACAUGUGACAACCCGAGGACCCCAAAGGCCGGAGAUCCACAUCUGCCCGCAGUAUUAGAGGAAAAUGACAGCUACCAGGCUCACGUGGAGGUGAACCUUAUGGAUCAGAACAGAACGAUGGAGAUAGACGAGUACCUUGAUUAUGAUGACAAUCAGGGGCUUCUAGUAUUUUAUGAGAAUGGAAUGUCGUCCCGAGUAAUCUACAACUACGAAGUCAACGAAGUUUAUUCCAUUAAAGAAUUGUCAUGUGUGGUGAAAAACCUCACGACCUACCCCCUCAAUUUUUUGUUUGGGUUACAACAAGGAAGCAAAAACAAGAAACACAUCUUUGGAAGUGCGUCGGCUCUCAGGUUUGGCCCAGUCAACCAUGAUGUGUACAGUGGCACGGAUGUAAUCCGAGGGAUCGACGUCAACAAGUGGUCAGUGUGUACAAACUGGACCGGGGCUGUUGGCAAGAUAAGAGUCGACUAUUUUUUCUCCAAGCCUGGCUGGAAAACAGCUGUACCGGAUGGGGUUGAUCAAAUACCUGUCAGAAUUGAGGUGGAGGGUCUGUCUGGCAGUGCUCCGAUAGACGCUUCCCAUGGACCCACGCCCACUCUAUCCCCCGGAAAGACGAGACACUUUCAUCACAUUUACGACUUUAUCAACUUCCAACCUGUGGUCACAGACGACACUGUAUUCCAGAUUCCAGACGGUGUUGCAUGUGCUAACAGGGUCAACACAAAGCCGCUACCCAAAUUCUCGCGCUAUUUCAGCUACAGAGCCGAGAUUGUGCAUCCCGCUGCCAAGUUAGUCACACACUAUGCGGUGUGGUAUGAUGAAGACAGCAAGCUUAUGAGAGAAGACAAGCGCUACCUGAGCCCUGUCCCCCCUGUGUACUCGAAAAACCCCCUCACAGAGAUCCACGAUUUUGAAACAGGGGUUCGCUAUAUCCAAGACCACCUUCUGGGCAACUGCAGUGCUCAUCCACUGAAUUUGCAAGACCCUGACGCACAAGUGGAACAAGCGAGAUAUAAGCUUAACAACUCGUUGGUCGUUGACAUGAGAGACCCAGCUAGCUUCUUUCACUUCAACGACAACUAUGUGUACUCUGGUACUAAACGCUCAAGAGGACUAUUGUGCGACGUGUUCAGUGCUAUUAUCCCAAACUUUCCAGUUGGAGAAACUAUUGUCAACGCAACAUUUGAAUACUACUUUCUCUCAGAUGAUGUCACUGACAUGCCCACCUCAGGAUUUAAGUAUUCAGUGACCAACUACCCUGUGCAGCUGAUCAUAUCUGCUCCUUCUAUGUUCUUCGAAAACAUUUACAACUUUUAUGAAUUCACUGAAGAACACCCACCCCUCUCUGUCUUCGAUAUUUCGGCAUGCUCCGCUCCAAAAAGCAGGAUAGAUUUCAAAGUAACAUUUCCAGGAUCUCUGAUACCAACCACCAUUGAGCAGUGGCAUGAUACAGUGCCCAUGCAACUCGCCCAGGUUGCGCAAAUCUCACCGAUCCGGAUAGGCAAUGUGAGGAUCACCUCCGACCCGCACAACGUGUUUAUGUGGGCUUCUCUCCUCUCCACAGCCACAGCAGCCCAGUUCGAGCUCCUGCCAAACGCAAUUUUGGAGCGAAAGGAUGACCUGACUUUCAAAAAUAUCCCACGCCCAGAUGAAUGCGCCCAGCUAUGUGUGGAAAACACAGGCUUUUUGUGCAAGUCUUUUGACUUGUGCAAGCAGGACGGCUUCGCUUGCAGGCUGAACAUAAACCACGUAGCAGAUGGAACUACGAUGAACAAUUCCACUUACUGCGAUCAUUUCUCACGUACCGUGGACCAAGUUCUGCCGAAGGAGCCGUCGGUUGGCAAAGUUUAUGAUGCCCUAAAAAUGGCGAUUAAGAACAGUGAAUUAACCUUCACUCUCAUGGAUAAUACAGGCUUUGAAACACUGUAUUCAGCAGUGGACAUUGAAAUAACUUUAGGCCAUCCAUUGAAGACAAUGAUGUUACCAUCUCUUCCCACCCAGUUUUCUUUUCGAAUGGAAACCGUGAUACCAGAGCAAAACAGAGUCCUGGAAACCUAUAUCUGGUAUGACCAAGGAAUGAAACUUACACGGUUUGACCAGCGUGAUCCUCUUGACUCGUCGCCAUUUCAGAUGACGCACAUCCACGAUUUCAGCAAAGGGGCGGAAUUUUUCAUAAACCAAGUAACAGAGGAAUGCUAUAUUGGCCCUAUACCAACCGAUAAGGAGUACCCUGAUGUGAUACAGUUCAAGUUUCCAAACGGGAGUGAUACAAUAAGGAUGGCAACACCAUUAGAAUUUUUCAGACUAGACAAUACCUACUCCUACGUGGCUUCUGUCCGUGGCAUCUUGUGCGAUGUGUUCGAAUCUGUGAGAUCGGACUUCCACGUGCGCAGCGCUGAUAACGCUAGCAGCGAGGAGAGCAUCUUUACGUUCUACUUCCUGGCUGAUGACUGGGACUAUGUGACAGUGGAGAGCAAUUCUCCAGUUUCCAGUACUUCACAACCCGUCAUGCUGCAGAUCACAGACAAAACAACAGGAACGUACAUUAUCAACAAUUAUUACGACUAUGAUGACGAGCAUCAUUCCAUGAAGUAUUACGACAUUAGCAAAUGUUUUGGACCAGAAGAGCGGAAAAGCUUUGAAAUCAUCUUUAAAGGACAGAACUACCACCCAUACCUAGAUGUCACAUCCAACACGUUCCUCAACACUGCACUCCUGAAGCUCGGACAGGCCACGUCAUUGUCACCUCUACACUUCCAAAACCUGCAAGUGACCUACGAUGAUGAAAACGUGUACCUGCUUGUUACGCUUUUAGGAAACAUACCGUCAUCUGGAGAGUAUGGACUGGAAGAGGUAAAUGACAACGAUGAAAGAUUCAAGGACGUGUGUCCAAUGCAUAACCUGGUACUAGGAGGAACCGUUUUCCUCCUCAAUGGGAUCCACAAGGCAACAUGA